CAUCCAGGCAGCUUUUGAAGAGCGUGGAGGAGAAGUAGGAGCUAGACGGCCAGCCCAUUCCCUUUCAAUCACUGUCUUCUCCCCCUCCCAUUUGCACUACCUACUUCCUUGUGUGUGCUGGGUUUGUUGGCUCACCCAUCCCCUUCACAAUGGAGGACCCUCCUGUCAACCAGCUUCUCUCUACUCAGAAACCAUCCGAUUCCAACGUCCAAGUUGCCCUUCAUCCCCUGCCAAUACUAGAGAUCUCUGAUUACAUCACUCGUGCAUACCAGCGUGGACAGAAUGGUGCCAUUGUUGGAGCACUUCUUGGCCAGCAAAGUGGUCGCGAAAUCACCCAGAUUACCAUCGAGCACAGCUUCUCCUGCAAGACCAGCAAGAAUGAGGAUGGACACUAUACGCUAGAUUUCCAGUGGUUUAAGGAUCGCUUGGAGCAGAUGAAGCUUGUCCACAAGGACCCGCCACUUGACCUUGUUGGCUGGUACACCCUAGUACCAAAAAGCGGACCUAGCUCCCACCACCUACCGAUUCAUAACCAGUUUCUUGAGGCUUCCAAGGAGUCUACGGUCCUCUUGGGCUUCCAUACCGAAGAUGUUCUUCAUCCGGCUGCGGGUAACCCGCUACCCCUCACAAUCUACGAAAGCAAUAUGGAGGCUGAAGACAGCAGUGGGGAGAGCCAGGCUGAAGGGGAGGAUAAGGAGAUGAAGGAUCUGGAGUCUCCCGCCAAAAUGGUGCUCAAGUUCAGAGAGCUGCCCUUCACAACCGAGACAGGAGACGCCGAGAUGAUCGCCAUGCAGUUCAUUCGAGAAGGUGGCGCAAAUGCCACGGUGGAGGAAUCGAAGCGGCCACUACCUGAGUCAGCUACCAACCCAAAUGCCAAGGGUAAACAACGCGCCCUAUCCAAGGAAGAGGAGGCCAAGGCCAAGGCAGAGGCAGCAUCUCAAGCCCCCAAGGACGCUGUUCUCAGCAAGGAGGACUCGGAGCUCAUCUCUGCUCUGCAGGCCAAGGCCAAUGCAGUCAAGAUGAUGAAGGCUCGCCUUGGGCUGCUCAUCAGCUACCUGGAGAGGCUUCCACCAGAACCCUUCGCGGGCUUGCAGACAUCGACAGACGCACUGGCUGGCCAGGAUGUGGCCCCAUCUUACAACAUCCUACGGCAAAUCCAGGCCCUAGUGACCAAUGUCGAGCUGGUCACCCCCAGACAGCAAGAUGCCCUGGAGAAGGAGAUGUUGCAAGAGUCAAACGACGUAAAGCUCAUCUCCUUGGUGAAGGAUCUUCUGUCGAGUGUCAGUGAGAUACGUGAGGUGGGCAAGAAGUUUGCCAUCACGGAUAUUGCCCAGGCCCAGAAACCACCACGAAGGGCCUACGAUUCGGCCAUGAACCAAAAACUCUCGGUCGGAGAGAUUAUCAACCAAAAACUCGUGAUCGGAGACGCUGGAGACCUCCAUUUCGGAUAGGGAGCUGGAAGUGGCAGGCGUGACUCUCAGCCGUGAAGUUUGGACUAGAGUUCCGACUUCAGGUUGUUCGGCUGGCCACGCGGUGUUGUGGUGGUUAGCAUUCAGCGUGGAAAAACUAUUGCAUCUAAGUACAUGGCAUGGCGUCCUUGAGUAAGGAGUUUGGAGAAGAGGCCUCUUUAUUUUUAUGUGCAGUUGGACAAGAGUUGCGACAGCUGUGCCUUCUCUCAGGCUGGAUUAUUGUUCCUUUCCUGGUCUCUGAUCUGGGACAGAAGAGGCGCUGGCAGAUGGCUUCCUAAUACCAUGCGCGUUAGAAGAAGCCGUUCAUAUAGAAGUCAUGACUAGAGAUGAUAAUUCAGAGAGACUUGAGCGCCGUUGCACCAUUAAAAAGCUACCUAGCUAGACCGAAUGAGCCAC